AUGGCCUCGUCUUCUCACCCUUCAUUUGCUCCUCGCUCCGUAUACGCCAACGCAGGUAAACUCUCAGACAGGCCGCUGAACACCAACAACCCUCUCCCGUUUGGAUCCUCAGUGCUAUCCCGGCGCGAUCGCGGUGACUUCGGAGACACAGCAGGGAAAUCCCAGGGCCACCAGCUUCAUCCGGGUGCUGGAGCAGGCGCACCUCCAGCGCAUUCACAGAUCCAAGGACAAGGGCAACUUCAAGGCGGCGGCGUGAUGGGGGGCGUUGGACCGAAUUCCGGGAAUAACAACGUUAACAAUAACGUGAAUAACCCAUUAAACGACCUUUCAGAAGAACAGAGGGAGGAAAUCAACGAGGCUUUCACUCUCUUCGACCUCGACAGGGACCGCCACCUCGACUACCAUGAGCUCCGCGUUGCGUUCCGCGCACUUGGCUUCACACUAUCAAAACCAGAUCUUAUCUCUCUCCUAACGACAUAUGGCGUGCCACGAACACCCAGCCAAGCCCAGCAACAGCAGCAGUCAAGGCAGCAGCAGCCUCCACCACAUCCGUCGUCACUAUUAAUGCCUCUCUCUUCCUUCCAAACAAUAACGGCCCGUAAGAUACUAGAACGAGAUCCUCGAGAGGAGAUACUACGUGCCUUUGAACUAUUCGAUGAAGGAGGGAAAGGGUAUAUUGAUCUCGAGGAUUUAAGGCGUGUAGCCCGUGAAUUGGGCGAAACUGGCCUGGAAGAGGACGAGCUUAGAGCUAUGAUUGAAGAAUUUGAUUUGGAGGGUGUUGGCGGUGUGACUCGAGAAGGGUUUGUUGGUAUAUGCUUACAGUGA